AUGGCAGCUGCUGUGCUCAUAUUUGCUUUGCUGCUGCAGCAGGCCCACGCUGCCUCGUCCGGCUGUCGCGGCGACGCGUGCUCCUCCGGCAAUGCCUGGUUGCAGCUGCAUGGCAGCUUCAACAAGGCGACCACGUCGGAGAGCACGUUCCAGCCUGUCGAUGGGGGUAUGGGCCGGGCCUGCCGUGGAAGCAGCCCUGGUGACAAUCGGCCGAGCUACUACCAGGUGAUGCCUGCUGGAUCCGGUUCUCUGGAUGCCUGCAAGGACGAAUGCCUGGCGGAUGCCCGUUGCAAAGGCAUCGAGUACAGUCCUGGCCGCUGUGAGGUUUGGACCCGCACCGAGGGCAUCCAGGCCUCAAUCCCACUGAAUGGCUUCAGCUGCUACAGCUACGGCGAGCCAGAAACGACCCUGCCACCACGGGUUGGGCAGUGGGAGGCUGUCGAUGGUGCCACGAAUCGUGCAUGCCGGGGUGCCAGUCGAGGCGACAAUUCUGCUGAUCACUACUCCGUCGUCCGAGGGCUCUUUACGCUCGCCGACUGCCAAGCCGAAUGCACCCGGCAGCCUUUUUGCCAAGGUGUCGAAUUCAGCCCAAACCGCUGCGAAAUUUGGACUCGAGCAGAAGGCAUCCAGGCUUCAGCUCCGGUUUCGGGCUACAGCUGCUACCGCUUCCUUGAUCCAAGCAUGUCGACGACCACUCCAUACCCGCCUGGAUCGUUUGAAGCAGUGAAUGGCGGCAAGGACCAAGCGUGCCGAGGAGCCAGUGCAUCGGACAACAGGCCGAGCUACUUCGAUGUCAUCCCAGACGUCUCGAGCAUUACAGCCUGCAAGGCCGAAUGCAUGAAGGAACCAUCAUGCACCGGAAUCGAGUACAGCCCGGGCCGCUGUGAAAUUUGGACGCGCGCUGCCGGCAUCGAAGCAUCCAUCACGCUCAGUGGCUUCAACUGCUGGCGCCGAACGGAGGAGCCUGGCGUGCGCUCUUGUUCUGCGACGAACGGUGAGGGAGGAGCUACAGAUGCUAUCUGUGCCGAAACAUGCAGCUAUCUGGACGCUGACCAGUGGCCCUGCGGCGGCGGCGGUCCCUGCCUGUGCAGCGGAGGAGCCACCAUUCUGCCCACGGCUGCGCCCACGACGACUAUGCGGAGCACCACGGCAGCCGCAACUACUGCCACGAUGUCGACGACCUCCAGCACCACCAUCAGGGCGACAACCAGCGCCAGGACCACCACUGCGGCAGGCACCACCCUCUCUACGCCCUCCACCACAUUGGAUAGGUCCAUUCAAGCUCUGGAGAGCUCCAACUCUGACGGUGUCUUCAUGUACGACACUGGUAGUGGAUGGCUUCCAUCGGACAUCUACACAUGGCCGGACAUGAUUGAGGCCGUUCGCCUUAUGGCCACGAGUGGUAUCGGGAGCCUGAAACUCUGGCUGGGCGACACGAACCACGUGUAUGGCCUGGUAAAUGUAGCCGCCUUCUUGGCGCAGUGCAUGCAGGAGACGAUCCAAUACAAUGCCUGCGAUGAGAACAACUGGAGCGACAAGGCGGUGGUCCAAGAGGCGGGCGGCGCAACCUACUCAGCAGCGUCGGCUUGUGGUCAGCUCCAUCAGUCCUAUCAGGAUUACAGCUGCUCGCCAGAGGAGGACGCCCUCGCUGGCGGAAAGAUGGCCUGUGAUGUCGACCCCAACAUGGAGAUGCGGGCCUACACGCAGGCCGGCUGGUAUGGAGCCCCGGCGAAGCUCUUCUGCGCGCCCAAGUCCAAGGUGCCCAAGGCCCCAAGGUGGGACUACAGCGCACCAUGGUGCGCGCCAGAAGAUGGAUAUGGCCAUGUCCCCCCCUUUGCUGACAAUGUGCCCCUGGACGAGUACUUCGACUACGUCAAUGGAGGUGGCAGCUGCAAGGACUACCAGGGCAUCAAGACAGGAGGAUGGAAGUUCACAGGUGAGGGCUGCGUCGAUGGCGCUUGCCCAAAUCCAGAUGCGCCCUUGUUUGGGCAACCGGAGGGCCGUGAGGACUUGGAGGGCUGCUGCUGGUGGGGCCGAGGCGUUAUCCAGACAACGGGAACAUGCAACUUCGGGAAGCUGAACUUCUUCAUGGGCAAGAGGGCCGCGGACGAGGGAAGAUCCUCUAUUUAUCCGCAGAUCGACUUUUGCAAGAACCCGAACUCCAUCUGCGAUCCCAGCAGCCCACCGGAGCUGAAGUGGGUGGCUGGCAUGUUCUACUGGCUGAACGCCGUGCAGCCCUACAGCUCCGGCGGCUGGGAUUACAUCGCGGAGCUGAAGAAGUGGGUGGAUAAUGGCAUGCAGAAGGGCGAUCGAUCCUUCAUCAACGGGGCCUCUGGCAUCGUGAAUCGUGGCUGCCACAAUCCACCCAACUGUGGUACCGGAGAGCUUCAUGCGGCCACGGAGCGCGCGGCGAAUUUCGACAAGGUCCUGGAAGCCAUGGGCUUGAUGGGCUAG